CACCAUCACAUAUUCGUCGGUGACCUGAGUCCUGAAAUCGAGACGCAAACACUACGAGAAGCAUUCGCACCUUUUGGCGAAAUAUCAGAUUGCCGAGUAGUACGAGAUCCACAAACGUUAAAAUCUAAAGGCUACGGCUUCGUCUCGUUUCUGAAAAAAGCUGAAGCCGAGAGUGCAAUCGCCGCGAUGAACGGUCAAUGGCUGGGCAGCAGAAGCAUAAGGACAAAUUGGGCGACAAGAAAACCACCGACGUUAAAAACCGACUCCAACACCAAACCACUGACGUUCGACGAAGUGUACAACCAGUCGAGCCCGACCAACUGCACCGUGUACUGUGGCGGACUGACCACUGGACUGACCGACGAACUGGUACAGAAGACGUUCGCUCCGUUCGGGAACAUCCAAGAGAUACGGGUGUUCAAAGACAAGGGUUACGCAUUCGUCCGAUUCGCCACCAAGGAAUCGGCCACUCACGCUAUAGUGGCUGUCCACAACUCUGAUAUCAACGGACAGCCGGUCAAGUGCUCAUGGGGUAAAGAGUCCGGCGAACCGAUCGUGUCACAAAACGCGUCGCAAGUCUGCUCGUCUCAGGCGGCGCUCAGCAGCACACAGUUCCCGUACACCGCCGCGGCGUACGGCCAACAGCUCGGUUACUGGUACCCGCAAAGCUAUCCGGCCACACAGCUACAGGGACAGUUUUUGCAAGGCGUCCAAGGUUAUACGUACGGACAAUUCGGUUACCAACAAGGGUAUCUUGGCCGGAUGGGAAUGCAAGCACUGCCAACGGGAGCAACGACCGCGUGGACUCAACCAGGGGCCCUGCAACCUGGUCAACAGAUCGCGUCUGCUGUAGCGGCUCAACAGUCGGCCCCGGCACCGGCUCCCCCACCCGCUGCCGCCGCCGCAAUGAUACCGGCCUAUCCGACGCUCCACCAGUUUCAGGUAAAACAACACCCCGCACCAGUGCAGGCGUCCGCGUGGCCCAUGUACGAUCACCUCCACCACCACCAUCACCACCUCCACCACCAGCACCAUGGUGGUUACGAGGCCAACGAGUUAUCCAUACUGAAAAUGGCCACCUCGUGAUCAGCCUCCACAGCCGCAGCUUCCACCGCCGCCGCCGCCGCCAUCGCCGCAGCAUCCACAGCCUCCACCGCCGACCGAUUCGAAGGCGCUUAUUGUCCCACGAAAUUGUAUUACGCACCCUAAGCCCCUGGCUAAUACCCCUAACGAAAAGUGCCCAAUUUUUCAGCUCGUGCAUAUUUUUUGUAUCGAUGUUUUCGAAAAUCUAAUACGCCUAAAUGGAAACAAUGACGCGCAAAUUGUUAACCACCCCCACCCUCCCUCAUCCAUCAUACAACACGCAGCUACCUACCCCUCAUAAGAUCCUCCCCGGCACACUUAUCACGCGCUUUCGUUAUUAUAAUUAGUUUUUUUUUUUUUUUAUUAUUAUUAUUUACACUAUUAUUAUAUUAAAUACGAUACCGGUCGAUUGCAAACUCAAUGUACGCGUCCGGUAUUCAAUAAGAGUAUUAUUAUUAUUAAUUAUGAUUGUCUAUUAUGGUUUUUUUGGUUUUCGAAUUUGUUGAAUUCGACGUGCACAUAGUUUGAUGAAAGUAUAUAGCUAAUUUUGUAGACGAGAAUGCUCUGAACGUUAUUAUUUAUUAUAAUUAUUUUAGUAGAAUUUUUUUUUAUAUAUAUAUAUAUAUAUAUAUAUAAUUUUGUAUAUUAUUUUAGUUGUUUUUAUACUGCUAUACGUGGCGAACAUUCGGCAAACCCCGCGUAUCCCGUUCGGACAAACUGUCGUGUGAACGCAUUUGAGUGUCAUUAGGUUUGCACAGGAAAUAGAUUCAAGUCACCCCCCACUCCCACCUUACCAUAAAAAUAAAAAACAAAAUUGCACUACCAUCGUGUUUAUUGUGCUUGUGAUGUAAUUUGUCGACGAACUUAACUUCGGCUUAACCCACUCACCAUGAUACUUACCUGUUAUAAUAUUUUAUAAUAUUAUGUUGCCGACGACGACGAUUGCAAUAGUAUAAUGUUUUCGUUACCAAUAUAUACUKCGCAUCACGGUGGCUGCAUAUUCGCAGUAUUUACCUGCACCUACUCGCGUGACAUUCCACAAGCGAAGUAUUCAUCACUCGAAUUGUGGAAUUAUUGAUAACUACUCGUAUAUUAUUUUAUAUGUAUUUCUUUUUUUUUUUUUUUCAAAU